UACACCUUCGGGGGCUGACUGGCCGGUCCUCAUAAUGUCAUAUGACCCUCAGUGGUCACUGGUGUGUAAUAUUUCUUAAAUGUUUAAUUCAGGAUUUAGAUCAAUGUGCAAUACAAUGUGUGUUAGGGUUUGUCUAAUGCAGAGAGGUCUGUUGAAUUACUAUUUAAAGAUCUACUGGGUUGUGAAAUUAUUUUUAGAAAUUACAUUUUCAUGGGUGACUAAUCGCUGUAAUGUCUAUUUAUGGAACAAACAGUCGGCAAUCAUAUAUUGACCUACAUGUUAGUCACAACAAUACAGUGAUAUACUUAAUACUAGGGUAUUGAUUCAAGCUGGGCAUUUGACUACAUGUACCCAUUGUGUGCACUUGAUAACAAAUGGGAAAUAAGCCUUCAGAGCUGGACCAGCAAUUCUUAAGGAAAGAGUCUGACUAUCCAGUGCCAGCUGAGGCUAGGUAUACGCUGCCACCUGCUCUAGUCAGGGCAUCGUCUAAAGAUCUCAUACGGAGGCUUAGGAAGAUGGCUUCAAAUGGGGAGCUGAGUGGGUCUACCCAGGCGACUGGGGCCAAGCAGGGGCUGGUGUCACAGUGGGUGAGCAGGGUCCGGGCAUACUCCUCACAGUAUGACUCAGACAGUUGGAAUGCGGACCAGGUAAUUGGCUCACCAAGAGUGUACCCCCAGUACGGUGACAUUGUUGGGACGUGGGCACCCGGAGAUAGAAACAAUUCAGAAUUUCUUGAGUUGGAGUAUGCCGAAGAGGUGUAUGUGACAGGUAUAGACAUCUAUGAGACGUACCACGCUGGGGGGACUAAGGCCGUGCUGGGGAAGACUGCAGAUGGUCGCUGGGUCCCCCUGUACACUGCACCCAGCAUAGAGAACAUAACGUCCUCACGGAUAUUCAGCCCACCACUCAACGAGCAGAGUCUGAAGACGCGGGAGCUUCGUAUUGAGGUUGACUGUACAGUGGCAGGGACUUGGGUGGAGAUAGACGCCGUGCAGCUACACGGCCGCAGGUUCCUUCUAGCCCCGCCCCCCAGUAUGAGCGACAUGGCAUCAGACCUGGAGAAAUUGAUCAAUGAUGAAAGGUUCAGUGACUGCUCAUUUACUGUAGAAGGAAAGACCGUGUACGCACACCGUGCUAUCCUGUGUGUACGCUCAGACUACUUCCGUGCUCUCUUCGCCGACCAUACCAAAGAGUCCAAAUCAAAGGAGCCCAUAGUGAUCCCGGACGUGUCAUAUCCGAACUUCCUGGCUGUUCUGCAUUUUUUGUACACAAACCAGCUGCCGGACACCCUUGACACCAUCGCCCUCACUAACCUCUGGAGAGUUGCUGACCGGUUCAGUAUGGAUGGUCUGAAGGCAUUGGCAGCGCUCCAGGUUUGCGAGAAGAUCAACACAGAAAAUGUGGUGGACACAUUCGUGUGUGCAAACAACAAUCUGCCCAUUAUAGAUGAGAUCCGUAAUAACUGUAUGGCAUUUAUGUCAAGCCAUAUGUCUUUUGUGGUAAACACGGCUAGCUUUGAGCGCCUACCCCGGGACAUCAUGCUCGAAAUAAUACAGCAGUCAACCUCAAAACUGAAGUUGUAGCCACUCGAUGGAGGGGAAACAGUCAAUGUCUAAACAGAGGAAAACUGAAGUUGUAGCCACUCGAUGGAGGGAAUAGAGUCAAUGUCUAAACUGAAAAAACUAAAGGUGUCGCCACUCGAUAAAGGGGAAACAGCCAAUGUUUAAACUGAACAAAACUAGUUUCUCAAUGGAGGGCCAAUCAAUUGCACCCACUCAUCCGUGAUCUCCAAUGAUCUCAUUGGAUCAUGACAAAAAAGGCUAUAAUUGUUAUUUUGUAAGAAAGGUUCUUGUUAUAUCUACUAGUUCAUAUUCAGGAUUUUAUCUAAUCAGGUUUUUACAUGCAUAUCUUAUAAGUAUAUUACAAGUAUCAUUCUAUUGUUAUUCUAUACUGUCAUUUAUUUAUUGAACAUACCUUUCACUGUUAUCAAUGAUAAUAUACCAGAUAGCUGGCUGUAUCAGUGUUGUGGCUAUAUUGUAUUAGUCGCAUUUCAAUCUGAAUGUUGUAUACAUUUUACAUGUGGAAAUGAGAUUUUUGUUAUGGUUUUGAGUUUAACUGUGAUAUAUUUAAACAUUUCGGGCAUUUUGUAUUUAAAUAGCGAAUCAUUGUUUUAUACGCAUGAUGCUAUAUAUUUUUUAUGUCUUUGUUGUUUUAUCUUAUUAAAUAAGUGCAAUUAAUCUGUUAAAGAAUGACAAUAAAUAAAGUGAAGAUAACAGAUUAAAAGCUUUGUAAGUGUAACAUUCUUAUAUGAUAAAUUGAACAUGUUCAUUUAGCUCACUGGACCACAUUUUACUGUAAUUAAUGUUGUCUUAUUUUUAUAUUGUGUAUAAUACAUAUGUUACUGUUUGUUCAAUUACUGUUAUUUUAUCUUCUUUUUUUUAUUGUAACAAAAUAGCAUAAUAAAACCUUUGAUUGCUGA